CGUGCCCGUGACAUCCAAAACGGGCUGUCUCAACACCUAUGCCACGCGCAAUUCAAGAACAAUCGGGCCAAUCACUGGCCUUGGAGAUUGGAUCGCUGUGUGCUUUCUUUCGCGAUGGUGCUCUCCUUAGGUCCCUGAUUAUACCAAAGUCAGCAGUGACGCAAUUAGUUGUGACCUACCUUAUCUCCCUUCCUUCGAAUGACCUAGGACAGCUCCACAUGGAUUUGACUUGACGGGCGAGACGAUCAAUUUUUUUUCUCCCAAGAAACACGUCGCCAAGCUUCCAUACUGAUAUGCGCCGUCACGAAUCACGAACUCCCCCAUAACCGCCCCCAAUUUCGUGUCGAUAGCACGUCCUCAUGAGGCUUGAUCAUGCCCCAGUCUCGCUGAUACCGCCGGGCAUUGCCUUGGUUUGUAUGGUCUGGUUCACCAUUGUAUUUGUUGUCCAGUGCAUAGGCAUCUACAAGCUGUUCCGAUACUACUCGUCGCCUCCUCCGAAACCUAUCUCUCCCUCGCUACCAAAGGAUGAAGUACCGCAUAUCACAGCCAUCCGGCCCGUCAAGGGCUGGGAGGCUGCGUGGUAUGACUGCUUGGCCUCCACCUUCCGGCAGACAUAUCCCAGGGACAAGCUGACGGUCUACCUCUGCGUCGAGUCCACCGACGAUCCGGCCUUCCCGCAUCUCCAGCGCCUAGUCAAAGAGUUCCCGGACUCGGAUGCGAAGAUCAUGGUGGAGGAGCAAGAUCCGGUGCUACACGGGCCUGGGGGGAAGAUCGACAACUUGGGGCCGAAUCCUAAGAUCCGCAAUAUCAGCCGCGCAUAUCGGGAGGCCAAGGGAGAUGUAAUAUGGGUGGUGGACGCCAACGUGUGGGUGUCGAAGGGGGUCGCGGGGAGAAUGGUGGACAAGCUGUGUGGCUACCGGCCGAACGGGGCCCGGACGAAGCCGUUCAAAUUCGUUCACCAGCUCCCGCUGGUCGUGGAUACAACACAUGCCAGCAGCGACGACGCGCAGGACACCACAGCCCCGAACGAUGCCACACGAAGGUCGCCCAGCCACGACUCGUCUUCAGUUCUCUCGUACGGAGGCGGGCUACUCGAGGAGAUGUUCAUGUCCACCACGCACGCCAAAUUCUACAGCUCCAUCAACACAGUCGGCAUCGCCCCAUGCAUCGUCGGCAAGAGCAACAUGUUCCGCAAGUCCCACCUCGACCGCCUCACCGACCCAGCCCAGAACCCCAUCCUGACCGCCUCGGACGCCUCCCGUGGCCGGGGCAUCGACUUCUUCUCGUCGUACAUAUGCGAAGACCACCUGAUCGGCGACCUGCUCUGGCGCUCCAAACUCCCGGGCUUCGCCAACCACGGCCUCGUCUCUGGGGACCUGGCCAUCCAGCCCACGGCCGCCAUGUCCGUAUCCGACUACGUCGCCCGCCGCGUCCGCUGGCUGCGCGUGCGCAAGUGGACCGUCAUAGCCGCCACCCUCGUCGAGCCCGGGAUCGAGCCCUUCCUCUGCUGCGCCUACCUCGCCCACGCCGCCACCUCCCUACCGGCCCUCUCCCGCGCCCUUGCCGUGCCCCCGACCGCCGCCGCCGGCGCCCUCGUCUGGGCCACGGCCGUCUUCGCGUGGAUGCUCGUCGACAGGUGGGUCUCGUCCAAGCUGCGCAGGUGCGAGGCCGUCGAGGCGGACAGGCACACGCCCGCCUUCGCCCGGGGCGGCAACGGCGGGCCGCGGCCAUUCCUGCCCUGGCUGUGCGCCUGGCUCGGGCGCGAGGCCCUGGCCCUGCCCAUCUGGACGUGGGCCGUGCUGCUCGGCACGACGGUGUCGUGGAGGGGCCGCCGGUUCGCCGUGCGCAUGGAUAUGGGCGUCGUCGAGAUCUCCCCGCCGGAUGGCGGCCGUCGCCUCCGCCGCGCUGCCGCGGGGGAGGCGAAUGGGGCGGUGGUUGGGGUGGGGAGGAGGAAGGAUAAGGACCAUGCGGAUUGAGGGGGUGGGAUGGAUGGAUGGAUGGAUGUACAUAUGCGUGUAGAUAUUUGCAUAUAUGCACCUUAAUUUUUAAUGUUUUGCUCGUAGAUACUCGGGGUAGUGCCUCUCGUGUGGGAGGAGGGCGAUCUCACUCCGACUCUGUCCGGAUGGGUAUGCUUGAAAGCUUUGUGAUACAAAUAUAGCAAGUCGCAAGCG